GAAGCCAUCAAUUGUUACAAUUCUUUAAUUUCCAAUUAUUAAGGUCCUAUUUAAUCCUACCAUGCAAUGCAUGCAUGACAACUAACAAGGUCAGUGUAAAUCAAAUCCUCAGGGUAGAAGCGAAGGACACUUCAACUUGUGGCCUCUGAAUAGCAAAAGAUGAUGCCCGAGGUGGUCGAAGUCGAAGACCACGUCACUACUUCGCCUGGAACACGGGAGUUGGAGCAGGAACCGGGAUUGGGUACCAGUACUCCGCCUCCGGUGACAGCCCCCCCAUCUCAGUUCGACACCCGGCCAUCUCUAUCGGACAGGCCAUUGCUCCUGGCGGUACAGAAGGCGGGACCAAAUGGGGGGAACAAGACGCCGAGGGCUCACACUCCGAACUUCUUCACUCCCCUCGGGAGUCCCAUAAGGAGGGCCAUUCAGAUGACGAAGCUCGACGCGCAUGAUGCCUGGCUUCCCAUCACGGAGUCGAGGAACGGGAACGUGUAUUAUGCUGCCUUCCACACGCUCUGCUCCGGGAUCGGGAUUCAAGCGCUCGUGCUUCCAGUGGCACUGACCAUCCUCGGGUGGACGUGGGGAGUCAUUAGCUUGUCGAUAGCAUUCGCAUGGCAGCUCUACACGCUCUGGGUGCUUGUCAAGCUUCACGAGUCCACCGUGACUGGGAUGCGGUACAGCCGAUACAUCCACCUGUUCAACGCCGCAUUCGGCGAGAAAAUGGGGAAGAUAUUCGCGCUGUUCCCGAUUAUGUACCUCGCGGGCGGCACAUGCGUGGCACUCAUCAUAGUCGGGGGAUCAACCUCAAAGCUCUUCUUCCAGAUAGUGUGCGGCGAGGGCUGCACCGCGAAGCCCCUGACCACCGUGGAGUGGUACCUCGUGUUCACUUCUGCAGCUGUCGUGCUGUCUCAGCUUCCAAACCUGAACUCCAUAGCUGGGGUCUCCCUGGUCGGUGCUGUCACGGCCGUCGGCUACUGCACCAUUAUGUGGGUCGUAGCAGUAACCGAAGGCAGGCUCGACGGGGUGUCCUACAACCCGAAGAAGGAGGAGAACAACAUGGUUUGGAUUUUCAGUGUACUGAAUGCUUUCGGCAUCAUAGCUUUCGCGUUCAGGGGUCACAACCUUAUCCUCGAAAUCCAGGGGACUAUGCCAUCAUAUGAGAAGAAGCCAUCUCAUAUUCCAAUGUGGAGAGGGGUGAAGGUAGCAUACCUCAUCAUCGCUUUGUGCUUGUAUCCCCUUGCCAUUGGAGGUUAUUGGGCAUAUGGCCACAAGAUACCACCGAAUGGGGGGAUGCUGACAGCAAUCUACCAGUUCCAUGGCCGGGACACGUCACAGGCGAUCCUAGGCCUGACCAGCCUCCUCGUCAUCGUCAAUGCAGUCAGCUCGUUCCAGAUCUAUGGCAUGCCCAUGUUCGAUGACAUGGAGUCUAAGUACACGACCAGGAUGCACCGUCCCUGUCCCUGGUGGCUCCGGGCCUUGUUCCGUGUCAUGUUCGGGUAUGGCUGCUUCUUCGUGGCAGUCGCGAUCCCAUUCCUGGGCAGCCUUGCGGGGCUGAUCGGGGGGAUGGCGGUCCCCAUCACCUUUGCCUACCCGUCCUUCAUGUGGCUUAAGAUCAAGAAGCCCAAGAGGCAGAGCUUCAUGUGGUACCUCAAUUGGGGCCUCGGGAUCUCCGGCACAGUUAUGAGUGUUCUCCUGAUUGCUGCUGGGGUCUAUGUCGUGAUUGAUACCGGGAUUGAAGUGAGCUUCUUCAAGCCCCACUAGUUGUAGUCAUAGACUGCUAUGAUAGAGCAUCCGCUGUUGUUCCAGACAUAUGCUAUGGUCCAGUUUCAGCA